UCAUAUAGAAGGUCAAUGAAUAUGAAGGAGGAAGUACCUGGACUUGAAGAGGAACUAAUAGAAGAGGUGGCCGAUAAAAUGUUAGGAGAGAAGCUAACGGAUGAUCAUAAGUUUGAUGAUGAUAAUUCAACCAGUAUUUACUGGGAUCCAAAACCAGAACUAGAAGACCUGAAAGAGUACCACAGUCGUUCUGGCCGACGGAUUUAUAAAGGCGAGCGGACUGUUAUCCAGAAGUACCCCUUCAUGGUCUCCAUACACAUCAUGGGUCGCUUCUGGUGCGGCGGAGUGCUGUAUUGGCAUGAUUUGGUGCUUACUUCUGCGGCCUGCUUGCAACUUAUGCAUAACAAUCGAUUCUUCCGGGAAAACCCGCGCGUGCUCCAGGUGCGCAUAGGCAGCAACCACAGCAGGAUCAGCGGAGAACUUGUCGACGCACAAGAGGUAUACUUCCACCCGACUUACGACCCACGUACACUAGAGGAUAACAUCGCCGUCAUCCGGUUACGAUAUCGUAUCGCCUUCAGCCAUCACCGAGUUCCGAAGAUCAUCGACAUCUCACACUUUGACCACAACCCCGCUGCCUCUGAGGUGCUGAUACUAGGGUGGGGUGUUACUAGGAUGUCCAACCGCCUCGCAUACGAGCCAGUAUUUCUACAACGCAAGUUCCUGCCAGUCUACCCCAACUCUUUUUGCAAGGAAGUCUAUGGCGAUAGGUUUAUAAGACAACAGCAAUUCUGUGCUGGCACGAUAACUACAGGGGAAGGAGCUUGUGAUCACGACGCCGGAGGUCCAGCCAUCUUGUCCGGCAAGUUAGUUGGCAUCAUAUCCUUCGGUCCGACGGUCUGUGGGUACGCUAACGCUCCGACUGUCUUCACACUGGUCGGAUCAUACGCAGAUUGGAUCGAGCAAGUCAAUGAUUCGAUGCCAGACUACUAUCGCUUGGUCGUGCGUUCCACAACGCGCGCCGUCAAACUAUCAAACAAGUUCAAGGAGCUGGGCACACCGGUGCCACCUGAAGAGCGGGAGAUACUAUAAACAACUGAGUUUUAUA